AUGAUAUCAGGAAAUUAAGUGAUUGCAUAAUCUUUUGCUUAAAAUCAUCUAAAAUAUGUUUUUGGCAUUGUUGGAGUCCCUGUUAUUGAAUUAGGUUAUGCUUUUUAAGCUAAUGGAAUGGAAUACUACGGUUUCAGAAAUGAAUAAGGAGCAUCUUAUGCAUGUGGAGCAAUAGGAUAUCUUACUCGUUUACCUGCCAUCUGUUUAGUAGUUAGUGGACCUGGUUUAGUUCAUGCAUUAGCAGGAUGUGCAAAUGCUCAAGUCAAUGGAUGGCCAAUGGUUAUAGUAGCAGGAAGUUCAGAAAAUGGUUAAUAAUCAUAUGGAGCAUUUUAAGAAUGUGAUUAAUGGAAUAUUGUUAAGCCUUACAUUAAAUUUGGAGCUAAAGUAUUUUCAAUAUAAUAAUUUAUAGAUAACCAAUUUACGAUAAGCACCAAUUUUAAUUGAAAAAGCAAUCAGAUAAAGUUGUGUAGGUAGACCUGGAGUUACUUAUAUUGAAGUCUCAGGUGAUUUAUUAAGAAGCAAUAUACCUGAAAAUGAAUUAAUUAAAGUACCUUCAUUUACAUUAGAAUAAAUACCAAGAAGUUUGGCAGAUCCAAAAAAUAUACUUUAAGCUGUUGAAUAGUUGAAGAAUGCAAAAAGACCUUUGAUCAUAGUAGGAAAAGGAGCUAGUAUUAGUUUUGCAGAAGAUUAGGUGAUAAAAUUUAUUGAAUCAACAAAAUUACCAUUCUUACCAACUCCAAUGGGUAAAGGAGUAGUUCCUGAUUCUAAUAAUUUAAAUGUAUCUGCAGCUAGAUCUACAGCUUUAGGAGAAGCAGAUGUAAUUUUAUUGGUUGGUGCAAGAUUAAAUUGGAUAUUACAUUUUGGUUUACCUCCAAGAUUUGAUGAUAAUUGUUAAUUUAUUUAAAUUGAUAAUUAUCCAGAAGAAUUUAACAAUAAUAGAAAAACAACAACAUUAUUUGGAGAUGUUUCUUUGGUAAUUGAUUAAUUAUAGAAAUCAUUUGGAAAUUGGUAAUUUAAUAAUAAAUAAUGGAUUGAUAAAUUAUUUGAAAAGAGAAAUAAGAAUACUCUUAUAAAUUAAUAGUUAAUGAAUGAUAAAGAACUUCCAUUAGAAUAUUAUAGUGGUAUUAUAAAUAUUAAUAUAUUUAAUAGCAUUUGGUAUAAUAAAAUAGUAUUUACCAAAAGAUUGUGUUUAUGUUGGUGAAGGUGCAAAUACAAUGGAUGUAGGUAGAACUAUAAUAGAACAUGAUAUACCAAGAAGAAAAUUGGAUAGUGGAACAUUUGGAACAAUGGGAAUAGGAUUGCCUUUUGCAAUUGCAUCAAAAUUAGUGUUUAGAGAUAAAUAAGUAUUUGCCAUUUUGGGAGAUAGUGCAUUUGGAUUUUCAGGAUUUGAAUUUGAAACAUCAACUAGAUAUAAUCUUCCAUUGGUAAUUAUAAUUAUAAAUAAUAAUGGAAUAUUUAUGGGUGUAGAUGAAUUAUCCUAAAAGAAUAAUGAAAAGCCAGUUACUGCCUUAAAUCCUAAUUCAAGAUAUGAGAAAUUAGUAUAUUUUAUUUAUAUUUUAAGUGUGAAUCAUUUGGAGGUAAAGGCUUUUUAGUGGAAACUCAUGAUUAAUUGCAUAAUGCUAUGAAAGAUAUUAUUAAUAAUCCUUAAUAAAGUUAUAUUGUGAAUGUUAGAAUCAAUCCAUAUGGAUAAAAGAAACCUUAAGAACAUGCUUGGUUAACAUAAAGUAAAUUAUGA